ACUUUGUUACAUUUAACAGUUGAAAGCAACUUUCUCGACACAUUUCAGUUGAGAGGUCAAGUUUCAGAUCAACCAGAGCCACCGAACUGAAGUGACCUAACUGCCCUCUCCCUUCACCUUUCCCUGCCCUGCUUCCCUUCCAGCAGCUUCUGUAACUAAAACAAGUCUUCCCUGCCAACACCCACUUUGGUGAAUCUGUAAGAUUGUUGUUUUACUGUGUUCUUGUGAUUGUUAUAGGUUCUGUGCUUGUUGGUCUUCUUCAAGUUGAGUCUUGGUUUCAAUUUCAUGGUUUAUUGAUACAUAACUCGGUUAUUCAUAUAUGAUUUCUAUUGGAAUUCCUUUUCAUUUGGGUGUAUUUACAAAACGAUGGAGAUGGUGAGGAAUGUUAGUUGGGUCUCAUUUGCCCAGUUCAGGUCUUUCUACAAACGGGUUUUGAAAUUUGGCAAUGAGAUGAUGAAGGGUUAUUGGAAAGUUUGGAUCUUUCAAACUUUCCAUGGACUAGUUGCAAUUGGUUCAUUGGUGUCCUUUAUUUUAGCCUUGGCAUUUGCAUAUAUGUAUAUGUUUCCCACUAUUACCCCAGUAGUUCAAAGUUACGGAAUUUCGGAUUCGGGUAGUUUAAGUUCAGGUGGUUCAGUAGACGAGUGCAAUGUUUAUGAAGGAAGCUGGAUUGCAGAUGAAAGUUACCCUUUGUACAAUGCAUCACUGUGUCCAUUUGCCGAACGUGGAUUUGAUUGCUUGGCUAAUGGAAGGGAAGAUAUGGGUUAUGCCAAGUGGAGGUGGAAGCCUAAAAAUUGUGAUAUUCCAAGAUUUGAUGCGCGUAGGGUUCUUGAAGGGCUUCGUGGAAAACGAGUUGUUUUUGUGGGUGACUCACUGAGUAGAACACAGUGGGAGUCUUUGAUAUGUUUACUCAUGACAGGGGUGGAGGAUAAGGAGAGUGUUUAUGAAGUGAAUGGGAAUAAAAUCACCAAGCAGAUUAGAUUUUUAUCGGUACGGUUUAUGACAUUUGAUCUCAGAUUGGACUUUUAUCGGUCAGUUUUCCUAGUGCAGCCUGCUUCAAAGCCAGUGAGAGCACCAAAGAGGGUUAAAUCAACACUCAGAAUCGACAAGAUGGAUGACAUUAGCAAAGAAUGGAUUGAUUCCGAUAUCUUGAUCUUCAAUUCAGGGCACUGGUGGACACCAAGUAAACUUUUUGAACUGGGCUGCUAUUUCCAGAUGGGUAAAUCAUUGAAGCUUGGAAUGCCGAUCACCACUGCCUUCAAACAAGCUAUGAAUACUUGGGCAUCUUGGGUUGAGACCACAAUCAACACAAACAGAACAAGUGUCUUCUUCAGGACUUUUGAGUCAUCACAUUGGAGUGGCCGACACCGUUAUUCUUGCAAAGUGGGUCAACGCCCUUGGUUAAGGUCUUGGGGGAUGGACCAAAGCCCAGUUUCAGACACCAUUAUAAAGGUUGUGAACAAAAUGGCAGUUCCUGUAACGAUUAUGCAUGUUACACCUAUGGGAUCAUUCCGAAGUGAUGGUCAUGUGGGUCUUUGGAGUGAUAAUCCAUCUGUGCCUGAUUGUAGCCAUUGGUGCCUACCUGGUGUACCUGAUAUGUGGAAUGAAAUUCUCUUGUCAUAUCUGCUACCAUGAAGUUGCUAAUAGACCUCCUCAUUUUGCUGCCAGCAUCAGUGUGUUUGUUGCCACAGCAGAUACAUUCAGAAGAGAGAUAUCCUACCUGUCCACUCCAAAUUUUAUCCCCUCGGAGAAUCCUUCUUUGUUAUACCAUCACUGGGCAGUGGCUGUAGAACCAGGCAAACUUAAGUGCUCACAAGUGCUUGUAAUGCCCAGUUUGUGCAUCAUUUGUAAAUUGGAACAGAAAUUUUUUAUACAUAGACCACAAAUUCUGAGAUUUGUUUUUUGGGUCAACAAAAUUUCUAAGUUGGUGAUGCAGGCAAGUUUCAGAGGCAUCUAAGUUGCUUGCUAUCCCUUUGCUGUGUACGUACUAUUGAUGGAUAAACUUCCUCUUUCACUCCCAUUGCAU